AUGGAGAUGAAACAAGUUUCUCUCGAUUAUAAAUCAAUGCUGAAUCCUAAUUCAAUAAAACGUUUAAUUUAUUUUGUUCAUAAUCUUGAAGAAAAAUUAUCAUCAAUUAAAUUAAUUCAUGAUAAACUACAUGAAUUAAUUGCAGUUGUAUCAAAAACACAUGAAGCAAUUAUUGAUGAAUUAACAAAUAUUAAAACAGUUUUAAAUGAAACAAUUAUCGAACAAGAAGAAGAUGAAAUGAUUCCAAUUGAUGGAACAAAAUCUGAAUGGGACGACGACGACGACGACGACGACGACGAUGAUUGUGAUGAUGAUGCUGAAUUACAAUCAAGAAAAUUAAAUAAAAUUAUUCAUCGAGAACCUUCACCGUUGAUUCGUCGAACUGGGCAUUUGAUAUUAAACUCAGCAUCAUCAAAUGAAUCAUCAUCAAUUAUUGAAAAUAAUUCCAAUUCAUCAGCAAAUAAACGUUCAUCAAAUUUAAAAAGAACUGAUCGAUCGUCAUCAAGAACAAGAUCUCCAAAAUCAGUUACUUUUAGCCUUGAUGAAAACUCUGUUAAUCAACAACAAUCAAUUAAAUGUUCAAUUGAAGGAGCAACAAAUGACACAAAAAAUGACGCAUCUAAUCAAGUAACAACACCAAUAACUUGCUGUUCACAUUCUGAUUCAUCAAAACAAAAUCAUUGUGAAUCGAUACCAAAAUUUGAGAAAAUAAUAACAAAUAUUCGUAUUCAUGAAAUUGAAUCAAGACAUGGUGAUUAUCUUCGUUUGAUCAAUUUAUCCAAUUCUGAUGAUUAUGAUUUAAGUGGACAUUAUUUACAACAAACUAUUUCUACGAAGCCUCUGGGUCUCUUUCGAUUUCCAUUUAAUACAGUUAUUGGAGCUGGACACACUGUCACAAUUUGGUGUGGUCCUACAAAAAAUAUAACUCCACAACCACCACAUGUUUUUCUUUGGAAAGAACAAAAAAAAUGGGAAAUAGGACCACAAUGUCUCACGACUUUGGUGAAACCAAAUGGACAGUCUAUAGCAUGGUUUAGAAAUUCGUUUCAUAUUGAUAUAGACCAAUCAUCAAGUGAUAUUCUUUAUGUACACUCGAAAUCCAGUACAGGAUCAUCUGAUGUAUCGAGUAACACAUCAAGUUCAAUCAAAAAACGAAUUGGCUUUUCAAAAUUUAAUCUAAUUGGAAAUAAUAAACCACCAUUUGCGCAUUCUCCAAAUAGUUCCAUACAUCCUGAUCAUAAUGGUACAAUUUUUAACAACAUAAAUGAUCUUCGUUCACAAAUCAAUCAUAAAGUUUCCAUUGGUGUUACUCAAUUACUGAAUCGUCCUAAAUCAUCUCCAUUUGCAAGUCAUACUGGUUGUAAACAAGAUUUGAUUAGUAGAAGUUUUUUACGAACUCAACAAGUACAACAACAACAACAACAACAACAUCAAAAACAAACAGCAAUUAAAACUUAA